AAGGCAAGAGCCCCGCUUUUUAGCGCUCUCUCGACAGUUAACAGCACCGGUCACUACCGACACCGAUCGAGUUCGCCGGGAAAAACCGACGACUCCGCCGUGACAACUCUCCGAUGGCCGAGAAGACGAGCAAAGUUCUGGUGAUCGGAGGCACUGGAUACAUCGGAAAGUUCAUCGUGGAGGCGAGCGCUAAGUCCGGCCACCCGACCUUCGCUCUCGUGAGGGAGUCCACUCUCUCCGACCCCGCCAAGGCCGAAAUCGACGAAGGUUUCAAGAGCUUAGGCGUGAAUGUAGUCCAGGGAGACAUGUACGACCCGGAGAGUCUGUUGAAUGCGAUUACGCAGGUUGAUGUGGUAAUCUCUGCCGUGGGGCAUCAUGCACAACUAGAGGACCAACACAAGAUUGUUGCUGCCAUCAAAGCAGCCGGGAAUAUCAAGAGAUUCUUGCCUUCAGAGUUUGGAAAUGAUGUGGAUCGUGUCCAUGCUGUGGAGCCAGCAAAAACUGGAUUUGCUAUCAAGGCCAAGAUCCGCCGCCUUGUUGAGGCCGAGGGAAUCCCUUAUACAUAUGUGUCUUCUAACUCUUUUGCAGGUUACUACCUUCUGACAUUGUCUCAGCCCGGGGCUACAGCCCCCCCUAGAGAUAGCGUUGUUGUCUUAGGGGAUGGAAAUGCAAAAGCGGUGUUUAACAAGGAGGAUGACAUUGGCACCUAUACCAUCAAAGCUAUGGAUGAUCCAAGGACCUUGAACAAAACUCUGUACAUCAGACCUCCUGCCAACACCUACUCGAUGGAUGAUCUCGUGUCUUUGUGGGAGAGAAAGAUCGGCAAGACCCUGGAGAGGGUGUAUGUUCCGGAGGAGCAGGUGCUGAAGAACAUUCAAGACGCGGUAUUUCCACUCAAUGUGAUAUUGGCCAUAUGCCAUUCUAAUUUUGUGAAAGGAGACCAAACCAACUUUGUGAUUGAGCCGUGGUUCGGAGUGGAAGCUUCAGAGCUCUACCCCGAUGUCAAAUACACGACCGUGGAUCAGUACCUUGAUAAGAUUGUCUGAUAAUUGAAACCAACUGUGCUUGGUAAUUUCUCCCAUCAGCUUGAAUCAUGAACGAUAUAGGAUUCUGCUUGUCAGGAUCCUAGUCUGAAAUGUCGCUCCCGCCGAUCAUCUCACGGCAUGUACAACCUCCAAAUAUGAGGACAUGCUAUGAAUAUUGAAUAUGUGUGCAUCUAUUCUGCGCUUGGAGAAGUUACUUCUCUAUUGGAGUUGAUUUUGGUUUAUGGGCAAAGCUAAAAGAAAGAGGGGUGUCUCUAUUUCCG